AUGAAGGGUCUCUUCAGUGUAGCCGCCCUCGCGCUGGCCGUCGGCGAUGCGUCGGCCCACUACAUCUUCCAGCAGUUGACGACGGGCGGCGUGAAGCACGGAGUGUUCCAGUACAUCCGCAAGAACUCCAACUACAACUCCCCCGUCAUCGACCUGGCGUCCAACGACCUCCGCUGCAACGAGGGCGCGAGUGGCGUCGGCACGGCCACCGUCACCAUCGGGGCCGGCGAAUCCUUCAGCUUCACCUCCGACGUAGAAGUUUACCACCAGGGCCCGACCUCUAUUUACAUGUCCAAAGCCCCUGGUGCGGCGUCCGACUAUGACGGCAGCGGCGGCUGGUUCAAGAUCAAGGACUGGGGCCCGACCUUUAGCGGCGGCUCGGCGACCUGGAACCUAGCGAGCACCUACACCGCCACGAUCCCCAGCUGCAUCGCCCCGGGUAACUACCUGCUUCGCAUCCAGCAGCUCGCCAUCCACAACCCCUGGCCGGCGGGCAUCCCGCAGUUCUACAUCGAGUGCGCCCAGAUCACCGUCACCGGCGGCGGCAAUGCCAACCCCGCAACCGUUUCCAUCCCGGGAGCUUUCAAGGCUACCGACCCGGGCUACACCGUCAACAUCUACUCCAACUUCAACAGCUACACCAUCCCCGGCCCCCCCGUCUUCACCUGCAGCGGCAACGACAACGGCGGCGGUGGCAACCCAGGCCAGCCCACGACCACGGCUAAGCCCACGACCACUGCCAAGCCUACGACCACGACCACCACUAAGCCCACCACCACUAUGGUGACCACUACCCGUCCGCCUACCACGACCUCGUCUGCGCCCUCGGGUUGCACUGUCGCAAUGUGGGGUCAAUGUGGCGGUAGCGGCUACACCGGCUGCAAGACGUGUGCUAGCGGAUCGACCUGCAAAGUGAGCAACGAGUGGUACAGCCAAUGUCUGUAG